AUGGCGUUUCCACAAACCUUCCGCGCAUACCAGUACGAGAACUAUGGCCUGCUCGACAAUGAGUUGAAGAUCCAAAACAAUGUGCCUCAGAAGGAACUCGGCGCGGAUCAAGUCCGUAUCAAAGUUCACAGCGCUUCGGUGAACCCCAUCGACUACAUGCUUCUAGAAGCGGUGGGCCAGUUGUUCUUGAGCAAGGCCCCCUCUACGGCCGAGCCGUUCGGCAUCGGGUUCGACGCGGCUGGCGAGAUUGUCGAAGUAGGUGAGGACGUCAAGCGGCUGAAAGUCGUGCGUUCGGCACGCUUGGCGAGUACUGUGCCGUGGACGAGCAGUUUGUGGCGAUAA